AUGGAAACAUGGAAAAUUUUGAGUGCGGUAGUGGAUAAAGAAAGAUGACUGAAGUCUGAUAGUAUCGGUUACAAGAAUUCCACUCAAGAUUCAGGUAUCGCCGCUCAUUUGAACGUAGCCUGUUUUUAUUGUUAAAGAUCUAGACCACCCUUAACAACUGAAGAUAGAGAGAACAGACAUGGCAACGUGAGGUAGCCAGUACCAUCGUCCCGAUAAUUGUCUCCACGUUGGAUCGACUCCCUGCUAACAUGUAAUUUCACUGCUAUAAAAUGUGCUAAAAACAGAUGAAUAACACAUCCGGGAUACAAUCAUCCGAAAGACAUUAUUCACUGGAGCCUAAAAUAGCCUGGUAUUGGUCUGCACGGCUGAUAAUCUCUGCUUUCGCCAUUUUGGGAAACGGAGUUGUUAUUUGCCUGAUAGCGACAAAAAAGCGCUUGCAGAUUAUUUGUAACUGGUUUGUGUUAUCUCUUGCUGUAUCAGACUUUUGUGUGGGGCUUUUAUUAACGCCGACUGGCCUAGUAUGCUCGUACCUGUUUCCAUGCGACUGGCGUCUUCAGUUAGCCUUCUACAACUUCCUGUUAUUUGCAUCGACAUUAAACUUGUGGGCAAUGAUGUACGACAGACAUCACGCCAUCGUGUAUCCUCUGACAUAUCUGACGCAAAUGACAACACGUAAAAUAACAGUCAUCAUAUCCCUACCAUGGAGUACAUCAGGUUUAGUGUCAUUUAUUCGCCUUCUGUGGUUUUAUGAUAAUACCCUAAGAAAAGAGAUAGAGUCAUAUUAUCGGGUUUUCGUGGAUUUAUUCUUUGGUUUGUUUUCAUGUCUUCUACUCGUGAUAAUCUUUGUGAGAAUUUUGAUGAUAGUUUUUAGGCACUCUAGGAGCGCUGCCUCUCAAGCAGCGCAUUUAUCGUUCAACCAAACCUUCCGUGUCGAGUACAAAUACAAGCGAGAAAGGCUAUCAGCUAAGAUUCUUGGCGCAGUUUUAUGCUUGUUUGUGGUUUGUUAUAGUCUCAGCAUAUAUAUCUCUUUCUGUUUAAAUUUCAAACUUUGCUCGCCCUCUCCUCAAUUACGCCUUGCAUCUAUUCUCUUGAUUCAUCUAAACUGUGCUAUCAACUGUUUGGUCUACGCGCUGCUUAAAAAAGAUUUCCGCACAGAGCUGCGAAAAUUGCUUAGAUGCGACAGUGAGCUCAACAUUGCAGCAAAGGUCGAAGGAGUGGGUCUGAAUAUUUUUAAUCACACCUCUCGGUAGUUUCAGAUUAGUCGAGCGGAACCUUCGUCUGUUUCGAAAUGACAAUCGUAUUCAUCUUAUUUUAUAAUGUUAGUAUU